AGGAAAAUAGUAUAAAACUAUCCGUGUCAAUUUGGAGGAGAACUCAAAACGUGUGAGGUGGCAACCCAAGUCUACUAAUUCAAGCGAAGUUUAAAUUGCAAAGACAAUGAACAAGCGAGGAGGGCCACCGGUUAAGCUUAUUGUCAUUGCUGCUACGUUAUUAGGUUGUGUUUAUUUGUUAUAUUUAUACAAUUCUUCGCAAGGCCGCUUACGCGAGGCAGAAGCUUCUGCAGAGAGAUACCGACGGUCUGAUGAAUCUAAAGUUGCUCAAUUGCAAGUUUUGUCAGAGCAGAAGUCUCGGGUUGAGACAUCAUUAAAAGAUUCCAUGAAAGAAAAAGAAGUUUUACAAGAAAAGUGUGAAAAUGACAGACAAGAGUUUGUCAACAGACUGAAUUCUUUGAAUUCUCAACAUAAGAUGCUGAAGGGUCAGCAUGAUGAACUGGAGGCAGAAAAUGGCCGGCUGCAGCAGGAGAUGCAGAAAGCACGAGAUGACAAUGCCAAUGUGGAGUCUCAGCAUCGACAGGAGUUCAGUCAGAUGAAGCAGGAGAAGGAGCUGGAUAUUGCCAGCCUCAGGGAUCAGAUCGCCAACAUGCAACGGCAGAAUGACAACCUCCAGAACGAGAUUUCCAGUCUCAAGGCCCAGCUGGAGAAUAGCCAGAAACAGUUAAUAGUGGACCAGGGUACUGUACGACGCCUGGAGCAGGACAUCUCUAGCUACAAGAAACAACAAAUGGCGGACCAAAGUUUGCUUCGUCAACUGGAGAAACAAGCGGUUGUUCGAAAGCAGAAUGCUGCAGCAGCUGCCAAUGCACUAAACCAGGUUCAAGGCAACCAGCAACCGCAGCAGAACUUUGUACAACAGCAGAAUGGUGAACAGCAACAGCAGAUCUUGGCACAGCAACAGGCACAGGCAGCACAACAGGCAGCUCAGCAGGCCGUGCAACAAGCCGGUCAGAUCAACCAAGCAGGUGGCUUGCAGGCUAAUGACCUUGUUUAUCAAGCCCAAGGUCAAGGCCAGUUUCAAGGUCAGGGUCAAGUGCAAGGUCAAGAGGCUGUCCAGAACAUGAACCAAAAUGUUAAUCAGGAUAUCAACAAUCCUAACAUGAAUGCUGGGGCUCAGGUCCCGAACGCUGGACAAGAUGCCAACAACCAACACCAGAUGGCAGCAGUUGACUUGCAGCAAGGUCAAGGUCAAGGUCAGGGUCAACAAGGUGUGAACAAUGAUCAGCAUCAAAUGCAGGCCCCGAACAUGGAUGCUGCAAACCAAGAAGCAGGCAAUCAGAAUCAGAACAAGACAGCAGUGGCUCAGCACCACCCAGCUCAAGGAGGACUUACUGAAAAGCCCCUAGAUGAUCUCAAGCCAGUAAAAGACAAGGCAGUAGAGGCUAAAAACAAUACUACCUUAGCGCCAAAGUCCAAACUGGGCUCCCACUUUGGGGACGAUGCUGCCAUUAAGACUCAGAAAAAGGAAUCCUUCAGAGAUAAACUGCUUGGGCUGAAGCAGAAGGCUGAUGGUGAUGACAUUGGCAAAGAGGGUCACCCAGACGAUGUCAAAGUCAUGGAUGCUUUUGAUAACCUCAAAGUUGAUCCAGGAAAGCCCCAGGCAGUUGGUGUGGCAAUGAAUGCUCCCAAGUCCCCUGAGAAUGAAGGGAACGUGUCGCAGAAACAGGCAGUUGGUGUGGCAAUGAAUGCUCCCAAGUUCCCUGAGAAUGAAGGGAACGUGUCCCAGAAACAGGCAGUUGGUGUGGAAAUGAAUGCUCCCAAGUCCCCUGAGAAUGAAGGGAACGAGUCCCAGAAACAGGCAGUUGGUGUGGCAAUGAAUGCUCCCAAGUCCCCUGAGAAUGAAGGGAACGAGUCCCAGAAACAGGCAGUUGGUGUGGAAAUGAAUGCUCCCAAGUCCCCUGAGAAUGAAGGGAACGUGUCCCAGAAACAGGCAGUUGGUGUGGCAAUGAAUGCUCCCAAGUCCCCUGAGAAUGAAGGGAACGAGUCCCAGAAACAGGCAGUUGGUGUGGCAAUGAAUGCUCCCAAGUCCCCUGAGAAUGAAGGGAACGUGUCCCAGAAACAGGCAGUUGGUGUGGCAAUGAAUGCUCCCAAGUCCCCUGAGAAUGAAGGGAACGAGUCCCAGAAACAGGCAGUUGGUGUGGCAAUGAAUGCUCCCAAGUCCCCUGAGAAUGAAGGGAACGUGUCCCAGAAACAGGCAGUUGGUGUGGCAAUGAAUGCUCCCAAGUCCCCUGAAAAUGAAGGGAACGUGUCCCAGAAACAGGCAGUUGGUGUGGCAAUGAAUGCUCCCAAGUCCCCUGAGAAUGAAGGGAAUGUGUCCCAGAAACAGGCAGUUGGUGUGGCAAUGAAUGCUCCCAAGUCCCCUGAGAAUGAAGGGAACGAGUCCCAGAAACAGGCAGUUGGUGUGGCAAUGAAUGCUCCCAAGUCCCCUGAGAAUGAAGGGAACGUGUCCCAGAAACAGGCAGUUGGUGUGGCAAUGAAUGCUCCCAAGUCCCCAGAGAAAGACGGGAACGAGUCCCCCAAUCAGGCAGUUGGUGUGGCAAUGAAUGCUCCCAAGUCCCCAGAGAAAGACGGGAACGAGUCCCCCAAUCAGGCUGUUGAGGAGCAGCCCAAGGUAGACUUGCAUGAGGAUGCCCAGCACCAGCCAGCACAGGGACAAGAACAGGUAGCUGGUGUCGUGAUGCAAGCACAAGCUCCUAAGGCUCCUCAGAAUGAAGGCGAGGUCCAGAAACAGAAUGCGGGUGAUGUGGAUGUUGACAAAAUCCACCCUCCAGUCUUACUUGAUGACCAUGUUGCGGAUGAUAAAGAAAUUCAGGAGUUGAUCCGACCUGGUGAUGUUGAGCUAAAGCAACGUCUCCAGCUGGAUGAGAAUAAGGGAGGCGAGGUGAAGGUGGACAUUGAGCGACCAGUCAAUGUGGAUGUUCCGAUAGUCAAGGACUCUCUAGAAGUGGUUGACAACCAGGAUUUACAGGAUGUUCGUCCCGAUAUGGUGGAGAACCAGGGUCAGAUCUUCAAACCUGAUUUCAACAACCAGGACUUGGACAACAACAAGCUCCAGAUAAACGCUCAGGACAACCAGCAGGGCCUUAACAAUGACCAUGACAACAGGAUACAGAACGAGGGGCCAGUUAAUCUCCAGGUUCAAGAGCCGCUGCUUCCUAACCGAAACUUUGAUGAGGACAAACACAUCCCACAGCAGCAACUGGCCCCAGGGAAUGACCUUGACCAGGCUGAGAAAGAGGCUGCUCCUCUCCAGCCUCAAGGUCACGGGCAAAUGAUGAUCCCAAACUUUGGUCUGGGAAAGAACAUGGGCAAGGUAUUUAUGGAUGGCGAUGGUGUGCAGGUGGAAGGAGAAGAGGAGGAGGAGGAGGAAGAUGAGGAACAAUAUAAUGAUGACAAUGUAGAUAAGUAUGAGUUGGAUGACACGGCAGACAAGGACACACAGCAGGAGCAACUGGACGUCUGAUGUCAGUCGUCUCCCUGCAACAGGAAGAAGAAAAGAGGCUCCAAUGCCCCACGCCGAUAUGUAAAUCCAUUGGCAGCCUUGUGGAAUCUGUUGACAGACAUAUUGGAUUUGGAGGCGGACAUUUUGGUCUUGGAGGCGGACAUUUUGGUCUUGGAGGCGGACAUUUUGGUCUUGGAGGCAGCCAUUUUAGAUAUGCUGGUAGAUAUCGUGGAUGUUUGUUGGCCAUUUCAUAGCUGGGGAGAUGUGGUGGCGUGUUGACAGAGGUUGAUUCCAUUUUCUCAGGUUGUUUUGAAGAGAUUUGUUACAUUACUGACUUGUACGCUGCCACGUUUAGAAGAUCUGUCAACACCUAUGAGUGUGCAUUGUUGAUGUACAAAUGCCCAUGUUAAUAUGCACUGUAUUAUCUCAGUGGGAAAAUGGUUUAUCAUGUUGGAAGCUUUGACCAAAAGCAUAUUGGGAAUUAAUAGACCCAUAUGAGUAUCUAAUUGUGAUUAACUGUUUGGGAAAUAGUUUUUUGUGGGAUUGGUGUUUCAGGUGAUAAUAGAUGAUUAAGAUAAAAUGGUGGGUUUUGUUGCUGGAGUAUGUAGUCAACCUUUUGUAAGAUAUGUUUUGAUGUACACAAUGUGGUGAAAGUAACAUUCUCUGAGGCUUUUAUCAAUUUAGUUACCAUGGUUACAACUUAUUUUCCCAAACCGUCCAAUCAUUAGUUCAGAAAAUAAGUACAGAUGUAAUGCUGCCUUUCUGUUUUCUUAACAUGAUUAAAAUAUGUUAGUAGGGGUGAAGUGAAUCAAUUGGUUAACAGACCUCUUGUUAAAAUAAAACUCUUUGCCUUUCAAGAUAAUUAAUCAUUGUUAAUGAAUCUCAGAACUUGGAAUGAAUUAUGAGGUAUGUGACAAUUGUGUAAAUAUACUUACAUCCAGGAAAUAAUACUUAUCUAAUUGGUCACAGAUGUUUGACAUUCCUUUGACAUUAAUUGUACGUUGGUAAAAGCUGAAGUGUCAAAUAUAUUUGCAUUUCCAGAACGAUUCAUUUAUAUUAGUUUGUUCCAAGUUUGGAAACAUCAUUAAUGUGAAACAUGUGAGGAGGUAUCCAAUUGUAAGAGGAUUAAUAAGCGAGUCUUUCAUCUCAUACAUGUUGCCAAUUGUUAUAUAUCUUUUUGAGACAAAUGACAUCAAUGUGAUGCAUGCAAAUCUGUACACUACUUAAUUCAUCAACGUGCUUGGUUCUUGUCAGUGUAUUGCUUCGGUAUAUGCUGAUCAUUAUCAGUUAAUAUAACCAACUAUUUCACUUUUUGCACCUGGAAUCGUGGAAGACAAACUGGGUACCAGCCAAUUAUUACUGGGCGGAUGGGUCUUCAGUACAAAAAUGUAUUGAUAUCUCCAAUAUAUUGUCUUUUUUUCUGAACCUUCCUGAAAUUCUAGUUUCUUUUUCCUGUUCCUCUCUAAAAGUUCAAUGGUCUGUCUGUCUUACUUCAGAGUUUGUGAGUGAACAAAGAACAAUGAAGAAGCUCAGUAAAGAAAUAACUGUCCAUUUUAUUGUGAAAACAAUUCAAUUUUAUUUUGAUGACCUUCAUCUUACAGAGACCUUACAGAAUAAAUUAAAAAAUUAAUCCAGGUGAGGUCUUGAAUGAUUUGGCAAGUCUAGAUUUCUUCAGCUUUGAAAUUAUACUUUGUUCUGGGAUUUUAUUUUGUAAUUUGUUGAUAUAUAAGUUUAAAUAACUUUAUUUCUAGAACUAAGGUUUUUUGUUCAUUUGACAUCAAGGUCUUGAAUUUUUAUCAGUAAUCUUUGGGAAACGGAAACAUUUGUCUGUGUAAUUAAGGUACACCUGGUGUCGUCACUGAAUUUCAGCGAAACAAUUAUAUAAGUUUCACCUCUAUUUUGUCUGUUAUGCCCAGUGGCAUCUGUUUUGGUGGAUAUUCUCUGUUUUUUAGUGCCCCUCCUCUGCCGGGUGCAAAAACGUGAAAUGGUAACAUUACAGGUCACCAGUUAAUAAUUCUGACUUUUAUCUAUGUGUUCAAAUAAAACCAUGUCAACUGCAUAUGUGAGGACUAAUGCUUGUCAUUAAUCAGAAUAACUUUGCACCACAUGGCGUACAUAAACACAGGAUGACUGAGAUAUUUGCUGUAAUUUAUUUGUUUUGGAGUAUUUGACAAGCACCCUGAAGCACUUUUGUACAGAUUUUACAUGAGCACCUGAGGUCCUUUUGGAAAAUUGAUUUUUCUAUCGUACAUCAGCAUGAUUUGGAUGAUCGUCAUGAAUUUCUGUUAACCUCAGUCAUAUAUUCAUUUCUUCUACAGACAGACUUAUGAAGUGGAAAUACUUUGAAAUAACAUUGUUAUUCGAUAUGUACCGUAUUCAACGUUACAAGCGCCCAGGGCGAUCUCAAAAUUAGAAAUAGGGGGCGCUUAUUAGAAUAUUAUUUUGAGUUGAAAGAUCGUAAAUUUCGUGGUUUAAGCUAACAGCCUGAAAUGU